GCGGCUGACGGGCACUCCAAUUCGAAGUUUGAGGUGUGAACCAAGAUGGGUCGAGUUCGUGGCAUCGUGGCGGCAAUGCUGCUCGUGCUUCUGAACGCGUCCGUCCGCGUGCUCUCUGCUCUGUACGAAGAUCAGAUUGGUUUGUUUGACUGGCACCGCGAAGGCUUAGGGGAACUCACACACGCAGUGUUUCCGUCCAAGAACAGCAAAGACGUCAAGAUCUCCAAGGCGUUGUACGUUGCAUCACGCGCGAACGUGCUGGCGAAACUUGAUGCGAAGACGUCCGCUGUGGAAUGGCGUCACAUUCUUCCGGAGACAUCAAUCGACUCCCUCCACUUUGCGGAUGCACACGCUAGCCUCUUGACCCUGUCCACUUCGAUUCAUAACGCCCUCAGGACGGGCAACGCCACCGUCGCGCGGCAGUGGGAUGCUGUCAACGGCCGAUUGCUGUGGGAAACAAACUUGCCAGCAUCCUCUUCGUCCUUGUCUUCCUUUGCCAAAGUACACGAAGUUCGCGCCGAGAACGAAGUCGACGAGAACCGCUUCGUCGUCGUGCGCAACCAAGGCGUGACCGUCUUGGGUCUCAAGCGCGGUGACGUGCUCAGCACCGUGGCGUUCAAAUCGCUCUUGGUGUCGCUGGUGUCGUCCAAGGUGUCGUCGGACCGAUCCAAGAUCUACGUGUUUGGUACAUCCGCGGCACAAGCGCCAGUCGUGUUCCAAGUUGUGUUGAAGACUGGCGAGGUGACGGCGCUUGACGUGGCCCCCGUGGCCGCUAUCCAUCGCACCGAAGACAACGAUGAGGUCGUGGCCGUUGGCGUGCUCGCGGACGGCUCAGGCCUAACACUCAAGUCCCUCGAUGACUUCAACAAACCAGCUUCGACCGUGACUUCCUCGUCCUUGCCGGUACCUUCGGGCGUCUUGAUUUCGUCCGUGGACACGUCCCUGAGCCAUGCGCUUGUGGUGUUGCUCUCGAACGGGAAACGAGUGUUUCUCCGCAUUGCGUCCGACUUGUCCGUCCAAGUUGUGGCCAGUCUCCCAUCCACCGGGGCGUUGGUCGAGUCGGUACAAGCGCCCGGGAUCGUCUUCCACGUCGCUGUCGAUCCAUCACAGAAGCUCGUGUCGAUUACGUCGCACUCGCGUUCGUCGGAAUCGUCGACGUUUUCGAUAUCGUUGGACGUGGGGAUGUAUGGCGGCGCCGUCGUGCGCGGGUUCGCCGGCGUCGCAUUUAAGAAGAAGGGCACAGCGCUGUCGCUUAUCCGCCUCGCCCUCGUCUUUGCGGACGCAUGCGUGGCGCUCGUGUCGAACGAAAGACCCACGGAAGCGUCGAACGUGAUCAACCCAGGACUCGCAUGGAUUCGAGAGGAAGCCCUCGCAUAUGUCCAACAAAUGUACUGGGUCACGCCGACCUUUGACUCGGACGCGAUCGACAACGACGACCAAGAGAUCAAGUCGCUCAAGGUCAUCCCGUCCUACGUGGAGGAGCUAGCAAUUGAAGGCAAGAAGCUCGUCAAGUUUUUCGCGUCGCUGUCGGCUAUGUGGAGCUCUCAAGACACGUCCAAGCACGCGUCGACUUUUGGGUUUGCCAAGCUCCUGGUGCUGUACACGUCGACGGGCAAGCUGUACGGCCUGGACUCCCAGACAGGUGCAGUCGUGUGGUCGCGAUUCCUCGGACGAAACCAUCAACUCCUCGUCACUCGGGACCAUCCAGCGUUCGGCGCAGGUGCAGAACUGUUGAUCGUGACGCCGCAGUCAAAGCAACUGCUUUGGCUGGACGCCGGCGACGGGAGCAUCGUCGGCACGCAUGACACGUUGCCGUCGUCCAGCACCAAAUGGGUCGUGCUGCUGCCGAAACUCAAACACGUUGAACUGGACGCGACUGUACCGCGCCGUGUCGUGGGGGUGCUGGACCAAGACUCGAACGGUGUCGAACUCAUUCCGGCAGAGGAAAACGUCAGCGACCUCGUCCGUUCGUUUUACGUGCAUCGCUACAACGCGGCGGACCAUGCGUUCCAGGGGUUUGUCCUGUCGUCAACGUCGACUGUGUCUCCCGUCUGGUCCAUUGCCAUUCCCGCCAACGAACGCAUUGUGGCGCGGUCCGCUCCGCCCGAUCACCUCGCAAUUGAUUCAGCUGUGACCAUUCUUGGCGACGACUCGCUCCUCCUCAAGUACUUGAACCCGCACUUGUUUGGCAUCGCGACACUCGACGAUCAAGGCGUGCUCCAUGUAAGCCUCAUCGACGGAGUGUCUGGGCGUGUUGUCCAUCGCGUCAAGCAUCGCGACGCCGCCGAACCUGUGCACGUUGUCCAGAGCGAAAACUGGGUCGUGUAUUCGUUCUGGAGCACCAAGUCCAAGCGCACAGAGCUUGUGUCGCUCACGUUGGUCGAAGGCGGUGUGCCCGCGACGGGCCUGAACCCGUGGCAACAGCCGUCGUGGGCAUCGGAGAAGUCGUCGUUUGAGCCCAAGUUGCCAGUCGUGCUACAAAAGAGCUUCAUCUACCCCGCGUCGAUCUCGGCACUCGGAGUGACGGUGACGAACCAAGGCAUCACGCCGCAGUACAUCGUGGUGGCGCAAACGAACGGCCAGCUCUUCAAACUUGCGCGAAACUUUAUCGACCCCCGCGUACCCGAUGGACCGCCGACCCCGGAACAACUAAACGAGGGACUCCUUCAGUACACGCCGUACGUCCCGGUGCUGGCGAACGCACUCAACAUGAUCACGUACAACCAGACAGUGGUGAAUAUUCGCCGCAUCGUGACCGCCCCUGCCCUGCUCGAGUCGACGUCGCUCACGUUUGCGUAUGGGUUGGACCUGUUCUACGUCCGCCUCGCCCCGGCCAACGCGUUCGACGUGCUUCCGUCCGAUUUCAAUUUUGAGCUGUUGCUGCUGCUCUGCUUUGCCUUUAUCGUCGGCGCCUACUUCACGAGCGUCUUGGCAGACCGAAAAGAACUCCACGACGCGUGGAAGUAGGUAGACAACAUUUGAAGGUCGUGCUCAAUAACGAUAAGAAGUAAACGAAGUGUCUGGAUGGUGCUGAUUAUUGCAUCUCACGGUUGUUGUAUGUGGGAUUGCGCCAACUCCGCCGCGAACUCGCCUGGGGUGGAAAAAUCGACUUGUUUCGACGUGGAGAGUUCGACGUGCGCAUAAACAGCGUCGUCGAGAUUACCGAAGGAAUCAUUCGUACACUGCGAUCUCUUGGCGCUGAGUUUUUUUGGGAGACGAACAGUCAGCUUGUC